AAGAUUCACCGCAGGGUUUGUAACUUCCGGUUAAAACAGUCAAAAUAUUUCUUUCAAUUUAUAACCUAUUUACAUGGAUUUACCAACGGAUAGACACCCAUAAGUACAUUAAGAAUUUACUACUAGCCACCAUGGGUAACGAGAGAACGAAAAAAGUGGAUAAUAUUCUGGCUACAGUUCCGUUUCCAUGGUAUGCAGUUGUGACUGUCUCACUCCCAUUUUUCUCAAUAAUUAUUUGCCUGCUGAUUGGUCUAAUCUUCCAGUAUGAAGCAGUGUGCAGAACGGAUACUUGCAAGCACAUCACCAACUUUAUACCUUCAAUUAGUGCAGUAACCGGGGCACUACCUCAGAAGUACAUAUGGCGGACAUGUAUAUCACUACAUACCCCUCCAAGAUUCCUCGUUGCAGUGAUGUACUACAAUUACUAUAAAUCAUAUAUGAACAAUAUCAACCAAUCAUACAGGGGACUUUACACUUUGCUCAUCAAAGCGUCAUUCUGGAUCAAUAUCAUUGAGAAUUUCUCAUUAUUCGGCACCAGUGUUGUGUUAAAUAUAGACAAUUACCCUGUUCAUGAAAAAAUCUUCAUCUGUUUUAUGGUGACGAGUAUGGUGUAUAUGUUCCUCAGUCUCGUAGCAUAUGCCUGGUCAAGACCCAAACAGUGGGCACCAGAGCAUGUAAAAUCAUUCCGUUUGAAACUACUGAUGUUUGUACUGAUAUCCAUGGCAACUUCAGGGCUGAUUUUCUUCUUUCUCCUACAUAAGUGGUACUGUGCACAAGAUGCUUUCAGCUAUUUUUCACUGUGCGAGUAUGUGAUAGCGUUCACCAAUAUAGGGUUUCACUUCACAGCCUAUAUAGACUUAAACGAGGCAGGUGGGAUGUACCUUAUAGCAGGGAGGAGUAUGCCAGUAGAGGGCAGCACUAACAAUGUAAAGAAUGGCACGAAAAUAAGAGCAAAAGCUGACUAAAAUGUUGAACGAGUAUGAGUUUUCAGGACUGGUUCUUGAAUAUAGCAUAGUUGGGUUAUACGAUUUGUGAAUUCAGAUUUUUUGAUGUUACGAUAAUGUAAGGCCCAAAUAAGGAAUCCUCAAGCUGUGAUAUCCAUGGCGGAAAAAUGUUUUAAGAAAUACAUGUAAUUGUAAGCUGCAUUAUUGCCAGGCCCAAAAUUUUGAUUUACAGUAAAACCAGUGUAAGGGGAACACCUUUGGUACCUCUAAAAAAAGUGUUCCACUUUGGAGAUGUUCCACUUACAUAGAUUCAUUUAACAAAAAGUCAAUAGGUUGCGGGACUUAUAUAAGUGUUCCACUUAUGGAGGUGUUCCACUUACAGAGGUCAGAUGUGUUUCAC